UCUCCAUUGCAACCGCGUCUCCUCUCGCCAUCUUUCGCCAGCUUGGGAGUAUAUAGUCAGGCUUGCUUGUUACUUCUCUCUCCCUCUCUCUUCUCGAAGCUGCCUUCAUCUCCUCAAGACCCGGACAUCAAAAUCUCCCACAGCCUGCGUUGUCACUGGAUGGUACCCCAGGCGGGUGAUCCGUUGCGUAGUAGGCGAUUACGCGAAAGAUUGCUUCAGUAGUGGUAGUCGGCAGGGGUUGUUCAGAUAUCGCGCGGGGAUUUUGACUGAUUGAUCAUGCGUUGAGUGAAGUUUGAAGAAGGAGAUUGAUUGUUGUGAAUGAGGAAGCGACACAAGCGUCAUCGUAGCAAGAGACAGUCGUAGUGGGAUUUUUUUUCUUCUUCUUCUAUUGACUUCAAUUCUCAGGUGUGGAAGAGGAGGCGUAUGAUGGUGUAGGUUUGAGUUGGAGUUGCGUUUUCUGAGGUGCAGUUUGUGGAUUUUGCGGAUUGAAGCUGCGACUGUCAGGUUGUGGAGCCGAAGAACCUUGGCGUCCAUGUUCUUGCCACUGGAUUGCAUUUGCAGUGGUGCAGCUGUGAUCAUCGGCAAUCUUUUACGAGAAUGAUUUAGCAGUGAGUGCCCGGUUCAUUAUUCGCUCUCGUGAAACUCCUGGUAGAGAGACAUUAGCUGUGUGACUGGCGAAUGCAAAAUGGCCUGCGAGGCGGAGACCAAAUCUGUGCCCACCAGCACUUACGACAUGUAUGGAGGUAUGUACGUCGGCAAGCUUUCGGGGAACGGCAAAAUUGACCGGUUUCAGGGAUGGUCGCGGUUCAAUGCGAAUACAUUGAGCGACACUCGUACCGGAAGCUUCUCCACUGGGAAGGAGGACAAUUUUAACUACAAGAAUCUUUACAACCUCGCGGAAGAGAAUCUCAGCUUCCCGCAGAGUUCUGAAAGUCAGUUUGGGGGCAUUUUGAAGAAAAGCCGAAGCGCUGUGAAGGGUGCUAGCUCCCGCCCUUCCAGAUCCCCAAUUCUGCACCCCGAGAACGUCAAGAGCAACUCCCAAUCAGCUAAACCUGAACCAUCAAAAGCUGUCCCGCGGAGUGACUCUUCUGAGGUCCCGAGGGCAGGGACGACAGAAGUUUCUAGCACUCCCCGCAUUCGCCACGCUCGAAGUGUUUCCUUUGCUCCUACUCAUGGCGGUUCGUCCGCUAAGCCGCCAAGCCCUCCAAUGGCAUCAUCCCCUUCGAGUGCGCAAUUUGCCCCCAAGAACCUACCCGCAGACACACCCCGACUGGCUCCAGAAGUCGCAGAUGUGUCCGUGAGGCGUCACAGCACUGAUGGUUCCAGGCUUCACAGGAGGGGGAGCUCCGACAUGGCUGCUCUUCGAGGAGAGGCAGCGGAUUUUUUCAGCUCCGACAGUGGCCCUAAAUUGGACCGUGAGACAAGGCGAUACUCACUGGGUGCCGAGUUCUCUAAGGAUGGCUCGUCUGGGAUGAAGACGAAAACAGCCUCCUGCACCGAGAAUGGCAGCACCAGCUCUCGCGGUAGUUCCACUGCGGGAAGUCCCACGGUAGCUCGCACGGGCAGCUCGGAGAAUUUGUUUACCACCGGAGGCUGUGCUUCCAGCAGCAGCCCUACGUCUAGCAACGCCUCCUAUCACACGCGCAGCGCCAGCUGCAAUGUGGGCAAUUUGUUUGGCGCUAUAUCCAGCGGCUCAUACACUGGCGGCGGUCUCAACACAGGAGCAUCAACGCCUCGGUUGUCCUCAUCUAAGACAACGAUCCCAGUUAUGCCGCCAUCUACGCUCAGUAGAAGUGGAAAUAUUAUGUAUGGAGGAGGUUCCUUGAAUGGCAAUGUAAGCAAAGGAGCUGCACGAGCGCAGUGCGACACUCCACGACUAUCCUCUGAUACACUGUCCGGUCCAAGAGGGAACAUCCACGCAGCCGGUGAGGGUGUACACAUCAAGAGGAUGCUCUCCAGCGGCGACCCCGAGGAGGUUAAGCGAGCUGGAAACGACCAGUACAAGAAGGGCAAUUUUCAAGAAGCGCUUACGUUGUACGAUAGAGCUGUUCACCUGGCCCCGCACAGGGCCCCGUAUCGUAGCAAUCGCGCUGCCGCAUUGACAGGCCUCGGGAAGCUUCCGGAGGCUGUCAGAGAGUGCGAGGAAGCAAUCAAGCUUGACCCGACUUAUUUCAGGGCUCAUCAGCGACUGGCCUCUUUGAUGUUGCGGCUGGGACGCAUACAAGGGGCGAAGAAGCAUGUGAAAUUAGCAGGUCAGGGAAGCGAUGCUGCUGAGCUGCAACGGAUUGAGAUGGUGGAGAAGCACGUGAUGAAGUGCUUUGAGGCUAGGAAGGCGGCUGAUUGGGAUUCGGUUGUGAGGGAGAGUGACGCUGCCGUGGUUGCUGGAGCCGAUUCUGCACCUCAGCUGUUUGCCUUAAAGGCAGAGGCAUUUCUGAAGCAGCAGAAACACGAAGAUGCAGAUUCUGUUCUUUUAGCUGCUCAGAAGGUGGAGGAUAUGUUACGCAGAGUCACCAGCCUGCCAGCUGAUACUACCACGCUCCUUGUGCAAGCUCAGAUUGACAUGGCUCUUGGCAGAUUCGAAGGAGCAGUAAUUGCAGCAGAGAAGGCAGCGUACUACGACCCUAAGAACGCUGACGUAACGCCCAUGUUGAGACAAGCUCGUGCUGUAGCGAAUGCUCGAACCCUAGGCAAUGAUCUAUACAAAGCAGGGAAGAUACUCGAGGCCUCUGUCGCGUACAGCGAGGGGCUUCAAUAUAAUCCCAGCAACGCUAUCUUGUUAUGCAAUCGGGCGGCUUGCAGAUUGAAGCUGGGCCAUUAUGAGAAGGCUGUUGAGGAUUGCACGUCUGCAUUAGAAGCCCAACCCAAUUACUUAAAAGCGCUUCUUCGCCGUGCUAACUGCUAUGUUAAGAUGGAGAGGUGGGACAAAGCCGUGAAGGAUUAUGAAACGCUGAAGAAGGAAAUGCCCGGGGAUUUGGAUAUUGCGAAGACGUUGUAUCAAGUACAAGUUGCUCACAAGAAGUCCAAAGGUGAACAGGUUAUUGUGUCGCAACCUAGGGAUGAAGUCGAAGACAUCUCGAGCAGCGACAGACUUCGAGAGGCUAUCUCACAACCAGUUUGUGUCGCAUCAGGUGUUUCGGUAGUCCAGUUCAACACCAAGUGGAGUGAUAAGUGUAGACAAAUGGCAACCUACGUUGACCAGCUUUGCAAGUUGCAUCCUUCAGUAAAUUUCUUGAAGGUUGACGUUGAAGAGAAUCCCUAUCUCGCUAAGGCCGAGCAAGUCAGUUUUGUGCCCACAUUCAAAAUCUACAAAAAUGGAUUCAAGGUGAAAGAUAUCGUUGGACCGACGCAUCAAGCGCUGGACACUGCCAUCAGCCAUUUCAGUCUAUGAUCAUCAAAGAUGCCCUCAGUCAAUAUUUCAGAUCAGCAGUAGCAGCAAAUAAAACUGGAGCAACUAAGGUAUUAUUGCCGCUCAUCGAUCAAUCAUCCCCAAAAACCUUGAUUAACCUCACGUAAAUAGGAAUCAACCUAUUCGUUGAGGGGUCAGCCACAUAUUUGUCUAGCAAUUUAGCAACUGAGCUACUUCUUUCGUGGCCUACCCUCCCGCAAUUUUUCUUGCAAGGUAGUUAACUUUUUCCCUGUUGGACACCCACCAUUCUCAAGUUAGGGAGUGGUGGUGUAGUGCUGACGAAGCUAGGUAGGAGAAAAUUGAGAUAUAACAGGCAAAAGUUUAUAUUUGCACCUUUUGCCUCAAGUGUGUAUAGAUGAGGUGUUGCUACCAGUGUGGCUCACUCUGUAUCAAGAAAAAAACCGAAAGUUUUCUGCUUCCUCUGA